ACCAAUGCCCAAUGUGGUGGCUACCUGACUGCAUCAAAAGGACAAUUCAACAGCCCCAACUACCCCAGCAACUACCCCAACAAUGCCUACUGUACAUGGAACAUUCAGACCACGUCGGGGAGCCAAAUAGUUCAGCUGCAAUUCCCCUAUGUCAAGUAAGUAGGUUAUGGUUCAUGUUUAUUCUUAAACUUGGAUAUGUUUGAAAACCCUCAAAAUGCUUAAUUUUGUCUUUAAAAUGAUCACCUAUCUAAAAAUGAGUUGAUAAGUGAAAGCAAGUCCAGUACACUAAUCUGGUCAGAUCAGUCAUCAGAGGUAAUAAGUGCUACAUUACCAGUGUAUAUUAAGCAGCCACCAUCAAUAUCAUUGUAUUUCAUUCAUCUUUCCUGUCUUCGACCACAGUCUUGAGGAUCACUUCAACUGUAGGUAUGAUUCCAUCUCUGUGUACGAUGGCUAUUCCUCCUACAACCGACUCCUGGGAAAGCUGUGUGGAGGACAGAGCUCAACCUUUUACUCCACCGGAAGUUCAAUAACUGUGCAAUUCACAAGUGACAGCUCUUCAACGUACAAGGGGUUUCAAGCAGAGUAUCGUGUAGUAGGUAAGGCAUUGAGAUGAAGUAAAUAUAUGUAAAGAGACAUUAACUGCAUAGGUAUUAUGUUCCUCCCUGUACUCAAAUGUCAUGCAAACAUAUGAACUAAACGAAUAAUGAUACAUGCAUACAAAUGUGCUGUUCAUUUUAGCAGCUUGUUAGCUUGGUAUCAUUGCAAUGUAUUAUGACCAGUGAACCAUGAUUCAUCUGUUUGUUUUUCUUGUAGAUGGAGGUUCUUGUAGUUACAACUGUGGCUAUCAGGUUGGCAACUGCUCCUGCUCAUCUUUCUGUGAAUACAGGGGCAACUGUUGCCAGGACUAUCUACGUAAGAGAAGGGAGUUAGGAUCAACUUUAGAAUAUUGUAACAGUGUGUGCUCUUCCUCCGUUAAAAUGUUAACUUCUGUGCCAUUUUAUCUACUUUGUAUAGAGAACUGCUAUGGCACAACCGUAGAACCUGAAACCACAGGUGCAGUUACAACAGCAGAUCCAACUCCUGCAGUAACCGAAGGUAUUUCUUCAGCUGUGUCAGAAUUUUACAAUACAACUGGUGUAGUUCAACAAAAUUCACAAAAUUAAUUUUUCCAAUUUCAAAGCUUUUUGGAGAGCUUUGAAGAAGAUGUACCAUAAAGUAACAUAAAAAAUUAAUCAUGAAUAAUCAAAUCUGCUGUUCAUGUAUCAAAGUUUUGGUCACACAAAUAAAACGUUAACUGGAUUUACAGUAACUUUGAGUAAUGUGCUGUCUGUCCAUUACAACAGAUUAUUAUUCCUGUGAGUACAACUGUGGCUACAAUGGCAUGGUCUGCUCCUGCACCUCAUCAUGUCAAAACCAAGGCAACUGUUGUCAUGAUUAUUAUGGUAUGUAUGAUAAAGACAUUUAUGUUAAAGGCUGCGUUUCUGUGAUUAUUAGCAGUGUGCCUGUGCUCUUUGUCUAUACUAAUGUCCAUCCAUGUGUUAUUAUCUCCCCUUCACAGAUUAUUGCCAGAGUACAACAGACAUACCUACCCACACAGGUAUUUCACUCCCAAAUGUUAAACCUGUAAGCUUUGCCAGCAUAUAGUUUGGUGACCUGUUUAGAAAAUGAUAACAACAUAAAUAGUAAAAUGUGCUGUUGUUCAUGAUUUAAAGCUUUGGUCUCACAAGUGAUGUUUUAGCAACUGUGAGUUAGUUUGAAAAUUGCUUUCUGUCCUACAGCUCAGCCUUCCUGUAGGUACAACUGUGGUUAUAAUCUUGGAAGCUGUUCCUGCUCCAUCUCCUGUCAAUACUAUGGCAACUGUUGCUAUGACUACAAUGGUAUGUGUCCAAUACAAUAGAUAAUAUUGUAUUGAGUGCACGGAACUCCCUUCCAUCUUAUAUAGCGCAAGUGAACAGCAAACCUGGUUUCAAAAAACAAAUAAAGCAACACCUCACGGUACAAUGCCUCUCCCCCAUGUGACCUACUUGUUGUGUGUAUGUACUGACAUGUAUGUGUAACGGAUAGAUACACACACACUACAUGUUAAUGUUUUAAAAUGUAUGUAAAUUGUAAAGUAUUUUGUCUGUAAUGUCUUUUUCGUUAUGUGUUGGACCCCAGUCAGACUAGCUGUCGCCAUUGGUGUUGGCUAAUGGGGAUCCUAAUAAAUCAAAUAAUAUAUGCCCUUUAGCAAACAUUUUUAUCCAAAGCAACUUACAGUCAUGCGUGCAUACAUUUUACGUAUGGGUGGUCCUGGGAAGCAAACCCACAAUCCUAGCAAUGCAAGCGCCAUGCUAUACCAACUGAGCCAUACAGGACCAGAUAGAUCAGAUGGGUUCAGGUAUUCUCUGUGAAAGAGGUCGAGACAAUAAUAUAAAUACCGACCACCAAGACUUGUGUUGCGCUUCAAUUCUAAAAUAAGUAUGCAAAGUCCCAGGUAAUCAGAAAAUAAUCAAAAAUGUGUAUUGUAAUAGUGUGUGCACUUCCUCCGUUAAAAUGUUAACUUCUGGGCCAUUUUAUCUACUUUGUAUAGAGAACUGCUAUGGCACAACCGUAGAAUCUGAAACCACAGGUGCAGUUACAACAGCAGAUCCAACUCCUGCAGUAACCGAAGGUAUUUCUUCAGCUGUGUCAGAAUUUUACUAUACAACUGGUGUAGUUCAACGAAAUUCACAGAAAUAAUUUUUCCAAUUUCAAAGCUUUUUGGAGAGCUUUGAAGAAAAUGUUACAUAAUGUAACAUAACAAAAUAAAUCACAAAUAAUCAAAUGUGUUGUUCAUGUAUCAAAGCUUUGGUCAAACAAAUAAAAAGUUAACUUGAUUUACAGUAACUUUUAGUAAAGUGCUUUCUGUCCCAUACAACAGAUUGGAAUUCCUGUUGGGACAACUGUGGCUCCAAUGGCAUGAUCUGCUCCUGCACCUCAUCCUGUCGAAACCAGGGCAACUGUUGUUAUGACUAUUAUGGUAUGGUAGAGAAAGAGAUGCUAAAGACUUUAGUUUCUGAUUAUUAACAAUGUGGUGGUGCUCUUUGCCUACUUUAAUGUUAAUCCUUUUGUUAUUACCUCUCCUUCUCACAGAUUAUUGCCAGAGCUCAACAGACGCACCUGUGUCCACAGCCACAGGUAUUUCUCUUCAGCUAGUUUGCUGACCUGUGUAAAAAAUUAUAACAAUAUUAAUAAUAAGAAAACAAUCAUCAAAUGCUGUUCAUGAACUUUGGUCACAUAUAAAAAAUCUACUGGAUUUAGUUUACAGUAACUGUGAGUAAUGGGUCGUGUUGUCUGUCCUAUACAGUAGGUUGGGGUUCCUGUAGAUACAACUGUGGCUCUUAUGUCGAUGGUUGCUCCUGCACCUCAUCCUGUCGAUACUAUGGCAAUUGCUGUCAUGACUACAAUGGUAUGAUGUUAAAGAGCUCUUUGAGAUGGUUAGUACUUGGGACGGCUCGCAUUGUCUAUGCUAAUGUCCAUCCCUAUCUUCCCUUUUCACAGAUUAUUGCGAGAGCACAACAUACGUACCUGCUACGACCCCAGGUAUUUCUCUCCCAAAACAUAAACCCACAUUUUAAAACCUUCAGCUUUGCCAUCAUCUAGUUUCGUGACCUGUGUAGAAAAUGUUGUGCUGUUUAUGUUUUAAAGCUUUGGUCACACAAGUGGUGUUAUUGUAAAUAACUUAGCAAGGAAAUUUAUUUUUUGUCCUGCAGAGGCUUCCUGUAGGUACAACUGUGGUUACACUCUUGGAAGUUGUUCCUGCUCCAGCUCCUGUCAAUACUAUGGCAACUGUUGCUAUGACUAUAACAGUACGUGUCCAAUACAGUAAAUCAGAGGGGUCCAGCUAUUAUCUGUGAAAGAGAACACUGUAAAGAUGGCAAAGAUGUGGAGAGAUUCUGGAAACAAAUACAAAUCCCUGCUGCCAAGACUUGGGUUGCCCUUCCACUCUAAGUAGGCCUAUGCAAAAUGUGUCCCAGCUAAUCUGAAAAUAAUAUUGAGUCAUACAUUCAGUUAAAAUGCAGUUGAAGUUUAGCUUUAAAAAAUCUUGAACAAUGAAUGCCAAUCACACUCCCUAAAUGACUGUAUGAGCUUUAAGCACAGUUGCAUUUACCCAGUUUGGUUUGGAUAUUGCUCAUUCUUAUUUUUACCUUCACACAGCGUACUGCCCCACCACCUCACCAGACCCAACAGGUAUUAACAUUUCCCACAUCAUCCAUUUAAAAAGGGAUUUGAUUUAAUAAUCUGUAUAAUGACAGAACAAUACAAGUAGACGUCAAUGUGUUGCACAAACGUAAAUAACUGAACCUUUCUUGAAACCAAAUGUGAUUUCCUGUAGAUGAUCUACAGUAAAUCACAUUUGGUGUCACGAGUUGUCGGACUUUUGAAUUCAAAAUGGAUUUUAUGUUUCAUUUCUCUUCCCUGGUCUCAGGGACUCACCCCACCUGCGGAGGAAACCUGCAUGGCUCUGGGUCCAUCUCCAGUCCAUACUAUCCAGAAUAUUACCAUGACAACGCCUAUUGUGUCUGGCAUCUAUCGGCCCCCUCUGGCCAAAGGAUCUUCCUGUCAUUUACUGACCUGGAGUGAGUUAAGAUUCCUCUUCAGAAAUGGUUCCUUUGAUUACCCUGGUUGGUUGCAUCUUAAUGUAAAAUAUUUGUGAAAGCUUCACCUUGACAGUUCCCUUUGAAGAACUAUCUGAUCGAUUUCUAUAAUUCUGAAUGUGCAUGAAGACAGAUCUCGAAAUGGACCAUCCGUAUUGACUAUGAGUUCACAUUUAGAUAUAUUCUAUAAGUGUAUGCUCUUUGUUGGUUCAGGUUGGAGAACUGCUGCUCUUGUGAUUACAUCUCUGUGUACGAUGGAUCGUCUGUGCACUCUGGAAUGCUAGGCACAAUCUGUGACUUCAACAACGGCACCUCUUUGACUGCCUACCACUCCACCUCUAACUACAUGACAGUUCUCUUCCGCUCUGACCAAUCAAUGGUCAGCAGGGGCUUCAGGGCCGUGUUCAGCAGCUCCCUCGCAUCAAACCAAGGUAGUCUGAGACUGAUAAUCUGGUGCAGUUAAUCGAACACUGAUCAUUUAUGUAUUCUGACAUUGAUAUUAUAGCUCAGGAGCCUCAGGUUGGUUUUAUUUGUUGUGGGGUUUCAGGUCGAGUGGACUGCUCCUCAGACAACAUGAACAUAGUGAUCCAGAGAUCCUACCUGAUCUCAAUGGGCUACGAUGGCUACAAUCUGUACCUGAACGACCAGCAUUGUAGACCUCAGGUCAACAGCUACCAGGUGGUGUUCAGCUUCCCAAUUAACACCUGUGGGACCCAGCAAAUGGUAAAUGAAUUCAUGAAACACAAAGUGAUUACCAGAUUAUGUAUGGUAUAUAAAAAGCUACAUAGAGAUUUAGCUAGUGUGCUGCAAAUGUUAAAAAAAUAUAUUAUAUGAACACUGGAUAUAGUCACAUUAACUAGCAAUCACAUUUUCCAAUCAUUUUCUGUUUCUUGUCCAAUAUCAUUUUUUUGCCUCACGCUCUGAACAGUUUGAGAAUGGGAGAGUCCAGUACACCAACGCCGUCCGUGCCUACCGGUCUGACUCAGGCGAGAUCACACGCCAGUCUCAUUUUCUGCUGCAAGUGGAGUGUCGCAUGGAGCAGGACACCAUGGUCCAGAUUAUGUAUGAGACCGAGUUUCAGGGUAACGGUACCAUAACAGGCACAGGCAGAUUCAACGGCACCAUGGCUUUCUUUACAAACAGCAACUUCUAUACCGAGAUAACCGAGACUCCAUACAAGAUCACCCUCAACCAGAACAUGUACGUCCAGGUCCGUCUGAGGAGGUUAGACAGCAGUCUACAUCUGUUCCUGGACACCUGUGUUGCCUCUCCCUCGCCUCAUGACUUCCAAACCAGAUCAUACGACCUGGUGCGCAACGGGUAAGAAACAGGCACUGCUGAUCUGACCUGCAGAGGAGAUUGUAGGGCCAAGAGAUAUUGCUUAGAAGGAAAAACGGUGUCCUAUACCUUAUUAAGGAAUUCUUAUUCUUCAAGGACACUCAUAGGCUCUUGAUUUAAAAAAAUGUUUGUUUCUGAUGCACCCACAGAUGUAGGAGGGACCCCACCUACUACUCCUACACCUCUGGUACCAGUAGCUAUGCCCGCUUCACCUUCCAGGCUUUCAAGUUCCUGCGAGCCCAUGAUUCAGUGUACCUGCAGUGUAAAGUCACCAUCUGCCAAGCCUCUGACUACAACUCCCGCUGCCGCCGAGGCUGCCGCACCCGCAAGGCCAGGGACUUGGGAUCCUCCCAGGAGAGCCACACCCUGGUCCUGGGCCCCAUCCAGCUCAAAGGUAAACUCUUAGUAGGGCUAUGAUGCUAUGAUUUCUCUGUGUGGGACACCCUAACCUGGUCGCAGAUCUGUAUGGGCUAAUUUGUUGCUAAACUCUCAAACAAUUAGGAGCAGUGGAGCACUCUGUUAUACUGUUCUGAAUACGUUCCGGUAUGUUAUCACUCUGGUUUAGACUGUGCAGACACAAAUGUAUACAUAAACAGGUCUUUCUUACCCCUCCCCAGAUCUGGAGAAGCCAGAUGAGAAAGUGGCUGAGAAGGAGGAGAUCCAGGCUAAGGUGGAACCUUCAGACUAAGCUGACCAGCCUCAACUAACUAUAGUAAUCAUUAAUACUAUCAUUCUGAUUAAUUACACCUUAGGCAAUGAAGUAGCCAAUAUUCACUGCUACUGUACACUAUAAUCUUCUAUCCCUUUGCUACUUUGGCUAAAUUAUUAAAAGCAUUCUCAAAAUACAA